GCAAGUUUUAGAUAAAAUACAUCCGGAUAGCUCAUGUCAACAAUUAAUUCAUGUUUGAUUGCGCAAGGUUUUCAAUUGAUUUCAAAACGUUGAGUUUGAAACGCACUUGACUUGAGGCGAUUUCAUUCACGACUUCAAAGACAUCUUCAAGUCAUUUCGAGUUGUUGCGUUGUUUAUUCUUCAAAAAUUGGUGAACUCGAUAUAAUGGUCUAAAUCUGCCUCAAAAAACCUUCAAUUUAUUAAUAACUUUAGUAAUUAUUCUUCCAAAUUUUACUCUCUUUUCAAAUCUUUGUUAAAAAAACAUCUAAAUGGAAGAAACAAGCAAUAACAAUGGAGAUGGUGCCCAAAGCUCAUUGAAAGAGUCUCAAAAUCAAAUAGAUGGGAUCAUUUUGGUAGAAAAACAAAAUCAAGAAACCAAAGAAAACAAUAAUGAUAAUUUUGAAUCAUCGGCCUUAAUUGAACAAGAAACUGGUGUUCAAAUUGACACAAAAUAUUGUGAUUCUUCAGCCCAGAGCAACAAUUAUGAUUCAAAUUACAAUGCUCAUUUUACUGAGUCAGCCAAUUUGAUUGAAAGUGACGACCAAAAAGGUCCGAAUUACUUGUUUACUGGCCAAACCGAAAUAAACAAUUCGGAUCAAAGUGAAUCAAUUGGCAGUGGUGCUGUUUGCGAGAACAUAAUAUGCGAAGGCAGUGAAAAUCAGCUCCAACUAGAUUAUAAUCAGAACCAAGAAAACGAGAAACAUUUAGAUGAUCAAAAUUUAGAAUCUGAAUUUCAGCAGAAUCAUUGCCAAGAAACCAACGAGGUAGCUCAAAACAUGUCGGUCACUGAAAAUUUGCAGAAUGGACAUGUGGAGAACGGGAUUCCAAACGGAGAAACAAACGGAGUCAACGAGGAUCAUCUUGCCAAUGAACAUAUUUCUCAAGUCGACACACCCGUUGAAGUAACAAAAGCUACAAUGAGUGCAACUGGCGAAGUCAAACCCGAAGAGAAACCGAUAUCGGGUGACAACGUCGGUAGUCCAAAAAACGAAACAGUUGCCGAUAAGAAUGAAUCCGAAGCAAACCGACCAGCGACGCCAUCAUCUAAAAGAGGUUCUGUAAGCAGUACUUCGUCGAACCGAGCGUCUAUUACCCAAGUGGAAGAAAAUCACGUUGCACCUAGUGAAUCGAACCGACCAGCGACACCGUCUUCCAAAAGAGGUUCCGUAACCAGCACUUCGUCGAACCGAGUGUCGGUCCAGGUUGAAGAAAAUCACGCUGUACCCAGCGAACCGAACCGACCAGCGACACCGUCUUCCAAAAGAGGUUCCGUAACCAGCACUUCGUCGAACCGAGUGUCGGUCCAGGUGGAAGAAAAUCACGUUGCACCAAGCGAACCGAACCGACCAGCGACACCGUCUUCCAAAAGAGGUUCCGUAACCAGUACUUCGUCGAACCGAGCGUCUGUUACUCAAGUGGAAGAAAAUCAUAUUACGCCAAACGAAGAUGUGAGCCAAAAACCCGAAGAGCCGAGUUCAACUGAAGAGAAGCGAGAGACAUUCGGAAGCGACGAGGGCGAGCCGAUAUCCCAAGCGGAUCACGUGACCAACGAAAAGACUCCUUCGAGAUCUAGCAGUGCAAAUAACGAACCGAAACCAGAAACCGGGAAGGAGGUACCUCAAACGAACGGAGUCGCGGAUAACACCGACGAAACAGACACCGCCGAAUCAUCAACGAGCGGGCAAAUUGAUAUCCGAGAAAACAGAGGUGAGUCGUCAAAAAGUGCGGACAAAGCCGACUCUUCGGAGCCGAACGGGGUUGCAGAUCCGAACGAAGAGGUAGUGAAUCGGCCAUCGUCGGCACUGGCACCCGACUUGUCGGUUAUCAGCGAGACAGAUGAAAAAACUAGCCACAGUUACGAAAAGUGCGACAAAGAAACUGUACCAACGAAUAUUAAUGAAAAAGGCGUGGAGAAUUUGGCGGUUCCCGACGACGCAGCAUUGCCAUCUUCUGAAGUGAAGCGUUCGGAACAAGUGGUGACGUUAACUGUCGACCAAGAGGAUCCUGGAAACGACGAAAGAAACACGUCUCAAGGCCGAUCUCCGGAGCAUAAGGACCAAGACCCCUACAACAACCCGGCAUCGGACAAGUUCCAAGAGAGCAUGAGAAACGAAGCCAGAAAUCAGCGCAGAUGGUGGCAUGCGAACAAGAAACACAAAACUGGGGGAGGGGACGCGGGCACCGUCGACCCCUCUUGCUGCUCCAUCGUAUGAGCAGAUAUCAAGUGGGUGUCACGUGAUUCUAGUAACUAAACCAAGAAGCAUGUUCGGACAUUCGAGUUGAGAAAAGACAUCGAAGCUGCAUCAUUUUGACAUGUCUGAAAUUCUAUUUUGCUGCAACACUUCAUCUUUAAUUCAACUUCGAAAUUUUUAA